AUGUUAUCCUGCCAAAAUCGUCGCCGACGUCGUCAUCAUCAUCAUCAUCAUCAUCAUCAUCAUCAUCAUCAUCAUCAUCAUCAUCAUCAUCAUCAUCACAAUCAUCACAUCAUCAUCAUCAUCACCACCACCACCACCAUCAUCAUCAUUUGCUUCUUUUACUUCUUCUUUCUCCCUUUUUACAUUCCUUUCGUCGAUUUCUUGUUUCUUUUUUUCUGUCUUCUCUUCUUUAUUUUCUUCUUAUAUUCUACUUUCCUUCUCUUUCUCUUUUCUUUUUGUUUCUCCCUUUCAUUUCUUCUCUCUUUCCUUCCGUGUUAUUGUUCUCAAUAUCUUUCUCUUUUUCUUGUUCUUUUAAUUUUUUUUUUCUUGUUGCUUUUGUUCUCCUUGGAUUUACCUUUCUUUUUUUUAUAUUUUUCAGAUUUCCUUUUUUGUACUUUAGUUGCACUUGUUCCUUUCAUUAUUCUUCCUCCUCCUCUUCUUCUUCUUCUUCUUCUUCUUCUUCUUAUUAUUAUUAUUAGUAGUAGUAGUAGUAGUAGUAGUAGUAGUAGUAGUAGUAGCAGCCCACUGUCAAAAAUGAUGCAGUUUUUGUUUGUUUCUAUCUAUCUAUCUAUCUAUCUAUCUAUCUAUACCAUUCUUUUCAUAUCGAUCUAUCUAUUACUUUUAUCUAUCUAUUCUUGUCUACCCCCCUCUCUCUCUCUCUCUCUCUCUCUCUCUCUCUCUCUGAGGACAGGACAAAAAUGGAACAGUGUUUAA